UCAUAGUGCGCAUGCGGGAAAUGCGGUGGCUAUGGGCCGGGGCGCUGGCCUCGACAAUGGGCAAUGUCAUGGCUUCGACGUCGCUGGACAGAAGUGCGGCUGAAACCCUGGCUUUUGGGAGCUGUGGCAGUAUCGGCAGCGGGGCCUGCAGCAGCAGCAUCAGGAGCGGCAGAGCAGGCCCUCAGCACGUCAGCAGGAUCUCCGCCGAGCCUGCGACGAUGUCGCUCACGACGAGGGCCCCCGCAGACUCGGGAGAUUCAUCCUCGAUGAGGCCGGGGGGGGGGGCAACAGCGGCGGGGACGAGGGCGGCGGGUCUCCCGAGCUUUUGGGCGGCGUUAUCGCCGUCGAGAGCGGGCCGGGGGGGUGCGCUCGUGUCCCCGUUGUCGGCGAAGGCGGAUUCCGACGAGAGCGGGGUAAUGGACAAGAAGGCGGAGUUUUACGGAAACUUGGCGCCGGGCGCGGUGGCCCCCGAGGGUGCGGAGAAGCAGGACGAGGCCGCGGUGGAGUACGCGGUUGGGGGGGACUGGGAGAAGUCCGUCCAGCUGAUCAAGGCCAUGCGGGAUAGCGAUUUCGUUCCCUCGGUGAACGCGUACGUGGCGACCAUCGAGGCUUGCCGGAAGGCGGGCGAGUACGACCACGCGUCCACCCUCCUCAGCGACAUGAACAAGGUGUGUCUGCCGGAGGACCUGAUCAAGGCUUACGCCGCCCCGCACCCCAACGCGCCGGGAGUCACUCAGACGCAGAAGGUAUUCUGCUUGGCGAUGAUGAUGCGCCAGGACAAGAUCGAGCCGUUCGAGGAGACUUACCGUGCGAUCAUGGGGCUUGCCUCGAAGGAGAAGCUGUGGCAAGUAAGCUUGCUGCUGGUGGAGCACCUCAAGCGAAACGGGCUGGUUCCGGGAAAGUUCGUCUACGAUGAGAUCUGCUCCGUGCUCUUCAAGACCGGACAUCCCGAGAUGGCAACGAUGAUUUUCGAGGAUGCCCUCGGCGACAAGAUCGAAGAGCUCAACUCUUUCGCCCCCCCGGAGUUGGACCUACACAAUCACACCGUCAGCACGGCGCUAGCGGCGGUUCGAGUGGUGCUGCUGGACAUGGCACGAAAACCUGCUACGAGAACCUUCCACGACCCGGCGCAGGAGCUGUUGAUCAUCACCGGGAUGGGGAACAACAGCAAGGACGGGGAAGCGGUGAUUAAGCCAAGAGUGAUGGAACUUCUUUCGGACAUGGGUCUGGAACCAAGCAUGAUGCGGAAUAACGAGGGCUGUAUCGUGCUGCAGCCCGCUGAUCUUCAGGCCUACAUGGCGAGGACGGCGGGAGACUAA